CCUGGAGCAGGUGCACGUUUAUACUUUGCAGCGAGCACUGCGCGUGGAACAGGUGCCUGCGUUUCCAGCGCUGAAAUAGAACCCCGCGCCUUCUUAUUUCGGUUGCAGUUCUUGGCCUGACCUACCGAGGACCAUGGCAGACGCAUCAGGCACUGGAGUGCUGAGGUGCCUCGUGAUCUUUGGAUGCGUGUUCACUGCUAUGUGCGGUCUGGCUCUCAUGGCCGUGUCCAUAUGGCAGGUGGUGGACCCGCACGGCCUGUACCCGAUCGCUGACGUGUCGGGGAAGGACGACAUCUUCGCCGGGGGCUGGAUCGCCAUAUUCACGGGCUUCUCCUUCUUCUGCGUGGCCGUCUUCGGCAUUUUCGCCGCCCUCAGGAAAAGCCGCGGCUGGAUGAUGGUGUACCUGAUCUUGAUGGUGAUCAUCUACGUUUUCGAGUGCGCAUCGUGCAUCACUGCCGCGACUCACAGAGACUUUCUGGUGGGCAACAGUAAUCUGGUGAAGAAACAGAUGCUGAAAUACUAUGCAGAAGACAGCGAAUCCGGGGCACGGAUCACGAAAACAUGGAACAGGGUCAUGGAAGAUGUGCAGUGCUGUGGAGCAGACGGUCCUCUGGACUGGAUUGAAUACACCUCCACCUUCAGUGACAAAUUUGGCCCCGUGAACCAGUGGCCCCUCAGCUGCUGCAGGAGGAACAGCAACUUUGAGGUGGCGAACCUGGAGGCCUGCAGAAUUGGCCACAGCAGCAGCAUCUUCACCAAGGGCUGCUUCCAGCAUAUCCAGUCCAAGUUAAGCCUUUACACCUGGGCCGUCGGCUGGUAUGGAUUCGCCGUCCUCAUGUUUGUGUUUUUCCACCUAGUGGUCGCCAUGAUAUAUUACAUCAAGCUCUGAGAACCUCCACCUCCCUCCCGCCAACCCGCCCUCCAGAUCGAGUCUUGCUCCUGCCUGAGGUGCCUGAAUUCUGCGGCUCCUCCCAAGCGCUGCAAGCAGGAAAACAGCCAACACUUUACAAUAAGGUUACGUGAACUGCCAUUCAUGUAGUCGUUAACUAGUUCUAAUCUGUACAGCUUUGCUUAUGUAUUUCUAAUCAUUAAUUCAUGUUAACAACUACAUCAGUUAAUGCCAAUUCAUAUCGGAAUUUAAAAAAAUGUAUUGGUUAAUGGUUUAAUUAUACAUUUAUAUCCUAUGGUUUGCUAGUGAUUUAACUAAUACAUUGGGCUAAUCAUUACAUUAGCUGUACAUUAAUUAAUUUCUACAUCAAUACAUUCAUGUUAACAACUACAUUAAUGCCAAAUCAUGUAUCCUUACUGUAAAGUGUGACCAAAAAGCCAAAAGAAUUCAUCAAGCAAUCACUACGGAUCUGUACAGCAGAGGUCAGAGAAACGCAGAUGCAACAGCAUAGACUAUGCCCAUCAUUUCCAAACAAAGAAUAAAGCAAUAAAAGCCUGUGUUGAUAUUCUUGAACAGUAGCUAGAAAAUAAUUUUAUAUUUGAGUAUUGUAUUGAAUUUUAGUAGAGGAGAAUUUUCAGUUUACAUUUAAAAAAGAAACUACAUCUCAGUGACUUAUUUCUGCUUCACUACCUUUUCUCUGUAAACUGCACAUUGAUUCAUUAUUGAAAUUCAGAAACAACACGAACCACCAUUUAUUUAUUUUAAAGAGAUGAGGUGCAUGUUUUCCAACAUUUCAAAGUUGAAAAUGAAAUUCAUUUUGAUAAACGGGGUGCAUUCGAAACCCCAAAAAACUUAUUUGGAUUGGCAUUGUGUUGUACAGUAUACAAAUUUAUAUAAUGAAUGUAAAAUUGAGUGAUCAUGAAUUGUAUUCACAAUUAGACCAGGCUAGUAUUGAACAGACUGAGCAUUGCCUGCCUGAUGGUUUUGUUGGUCCUAAACAAGAAUAUUUUUGUGGCCUUGUAUGCAGUAUCAACGUUGAACAACAGCUUGAAUCAUUCAUUUUUCUUGCCGUUAUCAUGGUAGUCAUACUCAUAUGAAUUGUAUAAUCGAAUGAAAUGAGUAUGAACAUGCAUCCCCGCAGAACGUGUUUUUGGAUUUGUAUGGAUGUAAUCCUCAUUAAACGUAAUCAUUUACAUUGUU